AAGAGGGUAAAUGGAAGCCUCCGCAGCUGACACCGAAGCAGAAGGAACUGAUCGACAAGCAGCGUGAAAAGGAGAACGCAAUCAAGUUACGAUUGCGAGCCUUGAACGAUACCAUCACGACGCUCGUUUCGCAGAUCGAGGGCGCUGCUAAGGGUACACCGAAACAGCUGUCACUGUUCUUCCCUACGCUUCUACCGGCGAUACUGCGUGUCUUUUCUUCGCCACUGGCAGCGCCAGCCAUGGUGAAGCUGUACAUUCGGCUGCGUGAUUGCUGCUUUAGCAGCGAACAGGUCGAACUUGGCCGUGACAUAUCGAUUGCGACCGUGCGUAUGAGCAAACCGCAUUGCGAUCUCGAGGAAGGCUGGUGUACGGCGAACAUCGUGGAGCUGGUGAGCGACAUUCUCGUGUCUCUGUACGACGAAACGAUCGACAUGUACAAUGUGCACCGGGAGGAACCGGGAUCUAAGAACUACCUGUUAAAUGCGCCCACCUUCAGCUACACGUUCGAGUUUCUGAAGCGCGCCCUGACUCUGUCGGAGGCGGAUCGCGAUGAAAGUUUGCUGAUCAACGGUAUUCAGCUGAUAGCGUACCAUGCACAGCUCAAGGGCGACACGGUCGACGGGAAGGACUUCGACGAUCUAUACCAUCCGGUGUUCAUGCCACGGCUCGAGAUGAUUCGAUUGCUGCUGCGGCUCAUUCAGAAACACCGCGGUAGAGUGCAAACGCAGGCAGUGGCCGCGUUGCUCGAUGUGGCCGAUAGCAGCUCGGGCCGCGAAUACAGAGCCCGUGCGGAUGAGCGUGAGAUCGAGUGUUUGUUGGUGGCACUGCAGGAUGAUUUGGAAGCAGUUCGUGAUGUUGCAUUGCGUGCGCUUGCCAUCAUGAUCGAUGUGUUGCCCUCGAUUGCCGACGAUUACGAGUUGGGGCUACGGCUCACGAGAAGAAUCUGGGUGGCAAAGCAUGAUGUUGCGGAGGAUACGAAACAGCUCGCUGAUACGGUGUGGGUUCAGGGGAACUACGAGCUACCGAUCGUAAUGGCCGACGAGCUGAUGAAAGACAUCGUCCAUCCGGAGCUGUGCAUCCAGAAGGCGGCCGCCGGUGCCUUGGUGUCUAUUCUGAUGGAGGACGCUUCGACGGUUGAUGGUGUGCAGGAGCAGUUGCUCGAGAUUUAUCGUGAGAAGCUAACGAUGAUACCGGCCCGAUUGGAUCAGUUUGAUCGUGAAAUUGAACCAGCGAUCGAUCCGUGGGGCCCACGGCGCGGUGUCGCAAUCGCAUUCUGCCACAUUGCCCCCUUCCUGACGCCCGAGCUGGUGAAGAGUUUGAUCGAGUUCAUGGUGCGGCAUGGAUUGCGCGAUCGCUCGGAGAUCGUGCAGAAAGAGAUGCUCGCCGCUUCACUCGGUAUAGUGGAACAUCAUGGGAAGGAUAGUGUGGCUUAUCUGCUGCCGACGUUCGAGCAGUUCCUCGACAAAGCACCGAGCCACAGCUCGUACGAUAACAUCCGUCAGGCCGUCGUCAUCUUGAUGGGCUCGCUAGCACGCCAUCUGAAUCGUGAGGACCCUCGCAUUAAACCGAUCGUCGAUCGGUUGCUGACGGCCCUCUCGACACCCUCCCAACAGGUCCAGGAAGCCGUCGCUAAUUGUAUUCCGCAUUUGAUCCCAUCCGUCAAAGAGGAAGCACCAGCGAUGGUGAAGAAGCUGAUGCAGCAGCUGGUCAAAUCGGAAAAGUAUGGUGUGCGUCGUGGAUCGGCUUACGGUAUCGCCGGCAUCGUAAAAGGACUCGGCAUCCUGUCCCUCAAGCAGCUCGACAUCAUGUCGAAGCUGACGGCUCACAUCCAGGACAAGAAGAACUUCAAGUGUCGCGAGGGUGCGUUGUUCGCGUUCGAGAUGCUCUGCAGUACUCUGGGACGUUUGUUUGAGCCGUACAUUGUGCACGUGCUGCCCCAUCUGCUGCAGUGCUUCGGUGAUUCGUCUUCGUACGUUCGUCAGGCGGCGGACGAGUGUGCGAAAACGGUUAUGGCUAAACUAUCGGCCCAUGGUGUGAAGCUAGUGCUGCCUUCGCUACUGAACGCACUGGACGAGGAUUCGUGGCGUACGAAGACGGCCUCGGUAGAGUUGCUGGGUGCGAUGGCAUUCUGUGCGCCGAAGCAGCUAUCGUCCUGCCUGCCGAGCAUCGUGCCGAAGUUGAUGGAAGUGUUGGGUGAUUCGCAUAUCAAGGUACAAGAGGCCGGUGCUGACGCGCUUCGUGUCAUCGGCAGUGUCAUCAAGAAUCCCGAAAUUCAGGCCAUCGUACCGGUCCUGCUGAAGGCGCUCGAGGAUCCAUCCGGCAAGACGUCCGCCUGUCUACAGUCGCUGCUCGAGACGAAGUUUGUCCAUUUCAUCGAUGCACCUUCGCUGGCCCUUAUCAUGCCUGUCGUUCAACGAGCGUUCAUGGAUCGUUCGACGGAAACACGUAAAAUGGCAGCCCAGAUCAUUGGUAACAUGUAUUCGUUGACGGAUCAGAAGGAUCUGACGCCCUACCUACCGAACAUCAUUCCCGGUCUGAAGACAUCCCUGCUUGAUCCAGUGCCGGAGGUGCGUGCAGUGUCCGCACGUGCUCUCGGUGCGAUGGUACGCGGUAUGGGAGAAUCGUCGUUCGAAGAUCUGCUUCCGUGGUUGAUGCAAACACUCACGUCCGAAUCGAGCAGCGUGGAUCGGUCCGGGGCGGCGCAAGGUCUCUCGGAGGUGGUCGGUGGGCUGGGUGUGGAGAAGCUGCAUAAACUGAUGCCCGAGAUCAUUGCUACGGCUGAACGGAAUGACAUUGCACCGCACGUCAAGGAUGGCUACAUCAUGAUGUUCAUCUACAUGCCAUCGGCGUUCCCGAACGACUUCACACCGUACAUUGGGCAGAUCAUCAAUCCGAUCCUGAAGGCGCUGGCAGAUGAGAAUGAGUACGUGCGUGAUACGGCCCUGAAGGCAGGCCAGCGGAUCGUCAAUUUGUACGCAGAAUCGGCGAUCGCACUGCUACUGCCCGAGCUGGAGAAGGGUCUAUUUGAUGAUAACUGGCGUAUCCGGUAUAGCUCCGUGCAGCUGCUUGGUGAUCUGCUGUACAAGAUUUCGGGUGUUUCGGGCAAGAUGACGACGCAGACGGCAUCGGAGGACGAUAACUUCGGCACGGAGCAGAGCCACAAGGCCAUCAUACGAAGUCUCGGCGGUGAUCGGCGUAAUCGUGUGCUCGCCGGUCUUUACAUGGGCCGUAGCGACGUGUCACUGAUGGUGCGCCAGGCGGCUCUGCAUGUGUGGAAGGUGGUGGUAACGAACACACCGCGUACGUUGCGUGAGAUCCUGCCAACAUUGUUCUCGCUGCUGCUCGGUUGUCUGGCCAGUACGAGUUACGAUAAGCGGCAGGUGGCAGCCCGUACGCUCGGUGAUCUGGUGCGCAAGCUAGGUGAGCGUGUACUACCGGAGAUCAUUCCGAUUCUCGAGCGUGGUCUCAACUCGGACCAAGCGGAUCAACGGCAGGGCGUGUGCAUUGGACUGUCGGAGAUUAUGGCUUCGACUUCACGCGAUAUGGUCCUGACGUUUGUUAACAGUCUCGUGCCGACGGUGCGCAAGGCACUGGCGGAUCCACUGCCUGAGGUACGGCAAGCGGCGGCCAAAACGUUCGACUCACUGCACACCACCGUCGGUUCGCGUGCCCUCGAGGACAUUCUGCCUUCGAUGUUGGAAAGCCUUUCCGAUCCGGAUCCGGAUGUGGCGGAAUGGACUCUGGAUGGUUUGCGGCAAGUGAUGGCCAUCAAAUCGCGUGUCGUGCUACCCUACUUAAUACCGCAACUGACGGCUACUCCGGUUAAUACGAAAGCCCUGUCCAUCCUGGCGUCGGUGGCGGGUGAAGCAUUGACCAAGUAUCUGCCAAAGAUACUGCCGGCCCUCAUGUCGGCACUGGCCGCCGCUCAAGGCACACCGGAGGAAGUACUGGAGCUAGAAUACUGCCAAGCAGUCAUACUAUCCGUCAGCGAUGAGGUCGGCAUCCGUACCAUUAUGGACACGGUGAUGGAAAGCACAAAAUCCGACAAGGCCGAAACGCGAAAGGCGGCUGCCACGUUGCUGUGCGCAUUCUGUACGCACUCUCCCGGUGAUUACUCACAGUACGUACCGCAGUUGUUCCGCGGCCUGCUUCGUCUACUGGCCGAUUCCGAUCGGGAUGUGCUACAACGUUCCUGGGACGCUCUGAAUGCCGUCACGAAGACACUCGACUCCGCACAACAGAUAGCACACGUGACGGAUGUCCGACAGGCGGUCAAAUUUGCCUCGAGCGACCUUCCGAAGGGCAGCGAACUGCCUGGAUUCUGUCUGCCGAAGGGAAUCACCCCGCUGCUGCCGGUCUUCCGUGAGGCCAUCCUGAACGGACUACCGGAGGAGAAAGAGAACGCUGCUCAAGGGUUGGGAGAGGUCAUCAAGCUAACCUCGCCUACUUCGUUGCAACCAUCGGUCGUACACAUCACUGGUCCUCUAAUUCGUAUUCUUGGCGAUCGUUUCAAUGCGGGCGUGAAAGCGUCGGUACUGGAAACACUCGCCAUUCUGCUGCAUAAGGUGGGCAUCAUGUUGAAGCAGUUCCUGCCACAACUGCAAACCACCUUCCUGAAGGCUCUGCAUGACCCCAGCCGAGUGGUGCGCAUUAAGGCCGGCCAUGCGUUGGCCGAACUCAUCCUCAUCCACACCCGACCCGAUCCACUAUUCAUCGAGAUGCACAAUGGAGUGCGCAAUGCGGACGAUGCGACGGUUCGCGAAACGAUGCUGCAGGCGUUGCGCGGUAUAAUGACACCAGCCGGUGACAAGAUGACGGAACCGUUGCGCAAACAGAUCUACGCGACACUCGCCGGUAUGCUUGGGCACUCGGAAGACGUAACGCGAGCGGCAGCCGCCGGAUGUUUCGGUUCGCUCGUACGAUGGCUCCCCUCGGAUCUGCUCGAUGAUGCGCUAGCAUCGCAUCUGCUGAACGAAGACUACGGUGAUGAUGCGACCUUACGCCAUGGUCGCACGGCCGCACUGUUUGUCGCCCUAAAAGAACACCCUGCCACGAUUGUGACGAGCAAGUACGAGACGAAGAUCGCCAAGGUAAUCAACGGAGCGAUCGUGUCGGAUAAGGUACCGGUUGCGCAGAAUGGUGUACGCGCCGCCGGCUACCUACUGCAGUACUGCAUGACGGACGCCGAAGGCGUAAAGUUACCGAUGACCGUGAUCGGUCCGUUCGUCAAGUCGAUGAACCACAGUAGCCACGAGGUGAAGCAGCUGCUAGCCAAGACCUGCACCUAUCUGGCGCGUGUUGUGCCGGCCGCGAAAACGGCCCCCGAGUACCUAAAACUCGCCAUUCCGAUGCUGGUUAACGGUACGAAGGAGAAGAACGGUUACGUCAAGUCCAACUCGGAGAUUGCGCUCGUGCACGUGCUGCGGUUGCGCGAUGGCGAAGAGUUCCAUCAGCGCUGCCUGACGCUGCUCGAACCGGGUGCACGGGAAUCGUUGAGUGAGGUCGUGAGCCGAGCGCUACGUAAGGUGGCUAUGCAGUCGGUGAUCGGCAAGGACGAGGAGCUUGACGAUACGAUCCUUACGUGAUCAUCAUCACAGGUGAUUACGGAACGGUGGCACAAUAACAACGAUCACCGUCGGAGACGGUUCGUCUACUGUGGCACAGCCAUCGGUAUCGGUACUGCUGCAGGGAUGACGACCUUGCACGUUCAGUUGAGCACUAUCAGCAUCAGCAUCUACAUCGUUUUGUAUUACUGUAAUCGUAACAAAAACUCUUCAAAAAAAUACUCCGCCAUCGACCUCUCUUUACCGAUCGGAGAAUAAAGACACAAAUCAAC